AUGAUAAUCAGGGCAACGGAAACAACUGGUACGACGACGGCAACAGCUAUUGUGCCACUGGCCGAAAGCCCGGAGCCUCCGGCUGCUGCAGCCGUACUGGUAGCCGAUGCUGUAGCCGACGACCCGCUCGUGGCUGACGCGCUGCCUGCUGAAUCUCCUGUGGAGAGAGUUGGGAGAGAGGUUGCGGUUGACGUGAUUGUCAGAGUGCGUGGACCUGUGGUCCCAUCGGUAGGUGACUCCGUGAUUACCGAGGUAACGACAGGGGAGGUGGUGGGAGCCUCAGUGGUGCUGGUAGAAGACUCUUCAGUGGAGGAUGUAGUAGGGGGGUCGCUAGAGGUUGUCGGCUGCGGUUGGGUGGUAGUAGAGCUCGAUGAGCUUGAGCUUGAGGAUGUGGACGAGCUUGACGACGUUGAUGACGUUGACGACGUUGGGGGGUUUGAAGAGGUUGUUGGCUCAGGUUCGGGCUGGGAGGUCGUAGAAGUUUCAGCCGGCGGUACCGACGUUGUGUCGGCUUGUGUCGGCGUGGCGGCAUCAUUGUUGUUUGUCGUCGGCGCCGGGACUGCAACUAGAAAACAUUUAGCCUCCGGGGCAAAGGGGAAUCGUGCAUGA